ACACUGUUUAGAAGUCAAGAGAUUGAAGUUAAUUUCUUAUUUCUGUCACAUCCAUGAUUUUCCUCUGAAUAACCUAAUAAUAUAAACCUUUAUAAUGUCACUCUUCAAUAACAUUCGUUCAGUUAUUAAUAGGGCAGUUUUAUCAGAUAUAAGAAUUGCAGUCCGUUAUUAUUCAGAUCAAACCGAUGAAAGCGAGGAACAACAGAAACCAAUAGAUCCUACAAAAGACCGAACAAAAAUUAUUCCUAUAGAAACUAGUAUUAGAUAUUUGCAAAGUGAUGCAUAUAAAAAAACUUAUGGUGACAAACCAGUAUGGUUUUUAUAUAGACGCAAUCACAAAGGAGGAUUCGCACCCAGAAAGACUAGAAGAACAUGUAUUCGAAACGGUAUAAUAUCGACAGGGAACCCCUGCCCUGUUUGCCGCGACGAAUACCUAAUACUUGAUCCUAAGAAUGUAUCGCUUCUAGAACAGUUCAUAUCAGAGUACACCGGACAGAUCCUAGAGCCUUCUAAAACUGGUCUCUGUCAGAAAAAACAUAAAGAGCUAUUGGUUGCCAUUGAACGAGCUUGGGAUCAAGGAUAUAUUACAUAUGAUGUCCCUUUCAGGGAGUAUGAUUACAGUCUUUACAAUACUAAUGUAAAUUGAAAAAUUAUUAGUUCAAUAUGUCAAAAUAAAAUAUAGUCGUAGUCA